GAAACAUUGUGCAACGGCUGAAUAUUGGAGAAGUUUUAUUUUAUAAGUUAAUCUACAAAAUGUAUACAAAAUAUGAAAGUGCUUUUUAUUAUAAGAACCCUGAAAUACAACUGGUUAUCAACCUCCAAAGGAUAAAGGACGAGCUAGGGGCCCUCCUUCACGUAGACCACUGCGACCGCUGCAUGGGCCUCAAAUGCAAGUGUCUAGAUGUAGCCAUUGUGGACACAAGCGACAUAAGUAUGUCAUCUCCCCUAGCAAACACGACAGUACGAAAAGACGUGAGCACUAAAACAAAAGACGCGGGCACUAAAACAAAGGACGUGUGUAAAACAAAAGACGCAAGAACUGGAGGUGCCUGGAUAAAAGACGCGAAAGACGCAUCUUCUAUUCCUUGGUCAAACGUCGCCACGAAAGACACAAGGUUGACAAGAACAUCUACGCCUUGGACGAAAGACAAGGACGUGUCCAAUAACGCGAAAUGGUCUUUCAAAUUCUCUCCGCUGAAUAUAGAAGAAGACAUCUGGAGGAGAGCAGACAGGUACAGAAGAUUAGAAGAGAAGUAUCUAUCCAGCGAGACGGUAGAAGAAUUCUUCUUGAGUCUAAGGAAGAGAGCUGUCAAAUGUUCAUAGGGAUUUUUAUACUUCUAGAUAGAUAUAAAUUAUCGUAGAUUUUAUAGUGACAUGCACCUAAAUUUCAUCGUCGAAUAGUAAGAUUGGAUUUAUAUACGUCCGCUCGAACGAGCGUUUUGGCCGCUGCACCGCGAGAUCACAAGCAAAUGUAUGUGACGAUUUAUUUAAAUAGCGGCGCGGUCGCGUACUUCCUUGAGUUCCUUGUGAUUUCGCGGUUUAGCCGCCUAACCACGUAUUCGGGCGGACACGUAUAAAUCAAGGCCUAAAAGGCCUGAUAGACGUACAAACUUAAAGCACGCGGGUUUUAAGU